AUGCAGUGUCCCAUGCAGUGCCGUGCAGCAUACCAUGAAGCACGCUGUGCAGUGAAGUGCAGCACACCGUGCAGCGCCGCGCUGCACAGACCUGUUCUGGCUCAGGCUCCCUCUGUGCAGGCCACCCCCAGCCCCAUGGCCAUGGAGCCCACUGCCACCACCGACUUCUACUCCUGGACAGAGGAGUACUUGUGGGAGGACGGCGCACUGCCCGAGCUGUGCGAGAAGGAGUCCGUGCAGGGCUUCGCCCGCACCUACCAGCCAGCCGUCUACCUGCUGCUCUCGCUGCUGGGAGUCGCAGGGAACGGGCUGGUGCUGCUCACACACACCCGCUACCGCAGGGCACACAGCAUCACCGACGUCUGCCUGCUGCACCUGGCCCUCUCCGACCUGCUGCUGCUGCUGACGCUGCCCUUUGCCGUCACCGUCACGCUGCAGGGCUGGGCCCCGGGCACAGCUGCCUGCAAGGCCCUGCAGGGCCUCUAUGCCCUCAACUUCUACAGCGGCUUCCUCUUCCUCACCUGCAUCAGCGUGGACCGCUACGUGGCCAUCGUGCGGCUGCCGGCCGCCUGCCGCCUGCGCCCGCGGGCUCGCCGCUAUGGCUGGCUCGUGGCGGGGCUGGCCUGGCUGCUGGCCGCGCUGCUGGCCCUGCCCCAGUUCAUCUACGGCCAAGCGGAGCAGCAUCAGGACCUUCGGCUCUGCCGAGUGGUCUUCCCGUCGGCCGUCUCCCGGGCGGCCCGGGGGGCCACCAACCUGGCCCAGGUGCUACUGGGCUUCGCUGUGCCCUUCCUGGUGAUGGCCUGCUGCUACACUGCCGUGGCCCGCACGCUGCUGGCGGCCCGUGGCGCCCAGCCCCACCGGGCGCUGCGCGUGCUGCUGGCCCUCGUGCUGGUCUUCGUGGCCCUGCAGCUGCCCCACAGCCUCAUGGUGCUGCUGGACACGGCCGAGCUGCUGGCCAGCUGGGAGGCCAGCUGUGCCCAGAGCCGCCGCAAGGACCUGGCGCUGCUGGUCACCGGCGGGCUGGCCUACCUGCGCUGCUGCCUCAACCCGCUGCUCUACGCCUUCCUGGGCCAGCGCUUCCGCCGCGAGCUGUGGCUGCUGGCCAGCGACGCCGGCUGCGUGGGGCCCAUCGACCCACGCUGCUCCAGCUGCCCCAGUCCCCGCCGGCGGAGCUCGCUCUCCACCUGCCAGGACGUGGCGUAGGGAGGCUGUGCCCCGUGGCCAGUGGGGAGGGGGGGCUCACACCCCUGCCCGCCUCCCUCAGAAGAGCUUUGUUUUUGCACAGAGACUGCCCCA